GUGUUAAAUCCUCCCUGCGGUUCGUGGUUUAAAAGUGUAUUGGCUCUGCUCAAUCAAGUUCAGUUCCUUCACUUUUUAGACAAUGCGUCAACACUGAAUCACCAAGAGAGAGAGAGAGAGAGAGAGAGAAAGAGAGAGAAGGGGUGGGGGGACAGCACUCUCACAGUAUAGGCUAAAGGCUGUACCGUCACGUCAGUCAGUCACUCACUCACUCAGACCACACGCCAGUCAACUCUGUGGACCAUCAACGUCAACGAGCUGAGGAGAGCGCUUCAAUCCACGCAGGAUAACGACACACCAGGGGCUUGUAAUGUGCCAAAUAUGAUCAAUUGAUGACUGAACUCAGAUUUCCAAACUGACAUCCACCUUGUUAUAGGCUGUUGUCUAGCAGAGUUCUUCAACUCCGGGGCGUCUCGUUAGAAAUUUCAUCGCCAGGACUUUGGAAAAGUUUGGAAAAGUUAUCAACCAGUGAGCAGGACAUUUUCAUCUUUAUCGUCGCUUAUGUAAACACAAGAUACUCGUGGAUCGAAACUUAAAAUGUGCCGAAGAGAAGCUGUCCGUUGUGCUCAGCUGGCUCUGCUAUUGGCUGCGGCGGUGGGCUGUGUCCAGGUCCCGGACCUGUCUUUGACUCUGACCAAUGAGAGGACCACAAUCGAAAGGACGUAUGAACUGACCAAGUACUUGGAGCAUCAGCUGAAGGACAUCAAAGACACCUAUCUCUCGUACCUGGGUCCCCCCUUCAGUGACCCUGACUUCUCGCCGCCGCGGCCCAACAGCUCGUCUCUGUCGGUGCCCAGCGCUGCCACGCGGGUGGAGCUGUGGCGCGGCCUGGAGAACGGCGCCCGGCUGGCGCAGAACCAGCGGGCGUACCGCGUGCUCCUGUGUGCCAUGAGGGAGUUGGCACACUCCACGCUGUGCCCGUACCUCCAGAGCUCGCUCCUCCACUUCUGCUCCGGGCUCAACGGCCUGCUGGGCUCCAUCACGGGUCUCAUGGGGAGCAUCGGCUACACCCCGCCCCAGCUCGGAGACGUCCCGCCACCCCUGCCCGACCACCCCGCCCCGCCCCUGCUGUCCGAGCGCAGGUCCGCCCUGAGGGGGUCGGUGAUGACGGGGCAGCACAGCCCGGCUCCCCUAAGAGCCCAGCAGCGUCACUACGGCGACUACAGGCCACGCAGCCGUGACGACCAGCGCUACAGCACGGCGGCGAUGGGAGGCCCCCGCCGCCCCCCGCGCUCCCUCUCCUCCUCCCUCUACGCCCCCACGCUGCCCCCCUCCCUCUCGCUCCUGCUCCAGUAUGGCACGGGGGAGGGGGGGGCCCACGCCCUGCUGGCCGCCUCGCCCCUCCUCUCCUCCUCCGCCCACCCCACCUCCAACGAGUUCUCCCGGAAGGUGGAGGGCUUCUGGGUGCUCCGGGAGCUGCAGAGCUGGCUGUGGCGCUCGGCCAAAGACUUCACCGCCUGA